CAGACUGCUUAGACGCCGUGCCGAGCGACCCUAACCGCCGACAUGAGCUCAUCUAUCCCUUCUAUAAACGCCCUCAUCUGGCUUUCCGUCAAGCCUUUACUCAAACUCGCCAUCCCCGUCGGUAUCGGCGUCUGGCUCACGCGCAAGGGCCUCUUCCCGAUUCCUGCCGCCCGAGGAGCAUCGCAGGUCAUCCUCAAUGUCACGCUCCCUGCGCUCCUGUUCGCCAAGAUCACGCCGUCGAUCAAUGGCGAGAACGCGCAGGCCAUCGGCCCCAUCUUCCUCGUCGCCCUCGUCUACAUGAUCAUCUCGUUCGUCCUCGGCACGAUCGUCCGCCUCGUGUGCCCGACGCCGCGCAACUUCAGGUGGGGCCUGCUCGCCGCCGCAACCUGGUCCAACUGGGGCGACUUGCCGACGAGCGUCGUUCAGACUGUCUGCGCGUCGGCGCCAUUCUCGGGCCCGCAAGACGCCGAUCUCGCCAUCGCCUACGUCUCCAUCUUCAUCCUCGUCUUCUACAUCACGCUGUUUCCCAUGCGGGGCAUCCACCUCAUCGAGCGCGACUACACGCACCCGGCGCGCGUCCUGUCCGAGGAGGAGGCCGAGGCGCACGCGGCGAGAAGCCCGCUACACAGCCUGCGCGGCAUCGGCCGCAACACGACCUCGCGCUCGCACGACGCCGCCUCGAUCCGCGAGAUUGCCGGUGCCGCACAUGCCGCGUCGCCGAGCGACGUGACGGGCCAGUUCGCCGGCGCGCCCCGGCUCAAGACGAUCGCGGCGUCGCGGGCGACGUCGGCCGUCGGCGACGAGGACGAGGAGAUCACCGAGGUCGGGACCCAGCCGCCGGACGAGCUCGACCGCAAAGACAUGCAGCUCGCGGCGACGAGGUCGACCUCGGCGGCGGCGAUCGAGGAGAAGCUGUCGGGCGACGAGAAGGACGGUGCGGCGUUGUCGAUGCAGGGCGAGGAGGAGGAGCACGAGGCGGCGGAGCGUGUGCGGCCGAGGUGGUUGCGGGUGCUCGUCGGCGUCAAGGGCUUUGCGCUCUCUCUCCUCACGCCGCCGACCAUCUCGCUCGUCACCGCCCUCAUUUGCGCACUCGUCAAGCCGCUCAAGGCUCUCUUUACGACCGUCGAGGACUACGACUGGCACCCGACGGCGCCCGACGGCGCCCCACCACUCGCCAUCCUUCUCGACACGGCCGCAUUCAUCGGCAACGCGUCCGUCCCGCUCGGCCUCCUCGUCCUCGGCUCGACCCUCGGCCGCAUGCGCAUCCCUCGACCCAUCUCCAAGCUCCCGCUCUACAGCAUCUUCGCCCUCGCCCUCUGCAAGGUCGUCCUCCUUCCCGUCAUCGGCUACGUGUUCGUCCAGGCUCUCGUCAACCACACGAACCUCGUCAGCAAGGACAACCUCGUUCUCCAGUUUGUGAUGAUCUUCUUCUCCGUCGUACCGACUGCGACGACCCAGUGCGCCCUGACCGUCAUCUUUGCGCCCGAGGACGGCGAGUCGAACGCCGACAUCCUGGCGUCGUACCUGCUCGCGCAGUACGCCAUCUUCAUCUUCUCGAGCGUCGUCUUGACGGCCCUCACUUUGAGAAACAUCUUUGCCUAGAGGGUCGCCCUUGUAGCUUCGUGUGGAUGUAAUAGAGGCGUACGGCUG